AAGCGGAGAACUCGCACCAGCCACCUCCAUUAUUUCCUGUUGUGUCAAACUUCGGCAAACAAUCUGCUCCACAAUGAUGUAAACGUCAGUUUAUUGGGUGGAAAAAUAUCUCAAGUUUAUCCGUGAUCUUGCAGGGGUGGCCAUACAAGCUGUCAAGGAAUACAUUGCCGUUCUGAUUGAAGCUGUCGUCUUGCCGAGUUAGGAAUCUACCAAAAACUUGUUUAUGUGGGACUUCAUGUGCACUAAUUCACGUAGUUGCCGAAUUUCGGUAGAACCAUAUUCCGGUCGUUCAAGAAAUUAAUAUCCCAAUGCGAUGCCAAUGUUACUACCCCUCUUCGGAUCAUGUUCGGACCCAGAGUCGUUCCAUUGCUGUCAAUCUAUUGGGCGGCUUAGAGAUAUAGUUUGCAAAACCACCCUCGGUACAAACAACCCCAGGAUGUCAGUGGGUCGCUUCGGACGAGAUGCAUGUAUAUAUAAAGCUUGAUCCUAAAUAUCGUUUCCUGGAGCAAGCAAUACGAUCUCCUACUUACCUGCUGCACCAUGUUGUUGCAAUCACUAUUUGCGUGGGCGCUGGCUAUUGGGCCAUGCAUCGCUCAAAAUAGUACAAAUAGCACAUGGCCAAUACACAACAAUGGUCUGACUACGCAAGUUGAGUGGGACCACUAUAGUCUGAUAGUCAAUGGGCAACGUUUCUUUUUGUGGUCCGGCGAGUUUCACUACUGGCGAAUUCCAGUACCUGAACUUUGGGUUGAUGUCCUUCAAAAAGUUAAGGCUGCUGGUAAGUUGGGUUUUCUGUUGGCUGUAAAUACUGUAGCUAACUAUUUCGCCAGGUUUUAACACGUUUGCCAUCUAUACACAUUGGUACUUUCACAAUCCAAACCCUGACACACUAGACUUCGAAAAUGCGGCACACAAUUUCACGAAGAUUUUUGAUAUCGCCAAGGAAUUGGGGAUGUUCGUGGUGUUCCGUCCGGGGCCCUAUGUUAAUGCCGAGUCCAAUGCCGGAGCGUUCCCAUUAUGGUUGACCACUGGAGCUUAUGGAGCUCUACGAAAUAAUGAUGAAAGAUACACUAAAGCUUGGACACCUUUCUGGGAAAAGGUUGCCUCCAUUGUCGCCCCGUAUCAAUACACUAAUGGAGGCAAUGUUCUCACGUAUCAAAUUGAGAACGAGCUGGGCUCACAAUGGCGUGGCACUCCAUCAAAAAAAGUACCCAAUUUAUCUUCCGUGCAGUACAUGGAAGCAUUGGAAGCCUCAGCACGAGCCCACGGUAUCACGAUACCAUUCCAGGCCAACGAUCCCAAUCUUAAUUCGGAUUCGUGGUCGAAAGACUUCUAUGAUGGUUAUGGAUCCGUGGACAUCUAUGGCAUGGAUUCUUAUCCAGCGUGCUGGACCUGUAAUUUGACCGAGUGCGAUUCCACGAAUGGGGCAUACAAAGCCUUCAACGUCAUCGAUUACUAUGACCAUUUCGAAGCAAUUUCACCCACCCAACCCUCAUUCCUUCCGGAGUUUCAGGGUGGUAGUUUCAAUCCUUGGGGUGGUCCUGAAGGAGGAUGUCCAGAAAACUCCCCUCCCGACUUCGCGAAUCUUUUCUAUCGUAACAACGUAGGUCAGAGAGUGACAGCUAUGAGUCUCUACAUGAUCUACGGGGGAACAAACUGGGGUUGGUUAGCUGCUCCUGUCGUGGCAACCAGUUACGAUUAUUCAAGUCCAAUAUCUGAAAACAGAAUGAUCAAUGACAAAUAUGCGGAGACCAAACUAUUUGGUCACUUCCUUCGUGUGGCAAAAGAUUUGACAAAGACCGACCGAAUCGGAACAGGCAAAACCGCAUCGACCAAUCCAAAUGUUGUAUAUUCCGAGAUCCGCAAUCCAGAUACUAAUGCUGCAUUCCACGUUACGAUCCACAAAGAAUCUACAGUUGGAACCAGAGAAGAAUUCUACAUCAACGCUAACACUUCCAAAGGCGCAUUCAAAAUUCCUCAGAAGGCUGCGCCAAUCGUUCUGAAUGGCUUCCAAUCUAAGAUUAUUGUCACUGAUUUCAAGUUCGGUUCCCAUUCCCUUUUGUACUCAACAGCUGAAGUCUUAUCUCAUUCCAUUGUGGAUGAUCAAGAUAUUCUAGCUCUCUGGAUGCCAACUGGCGAAGCCGGCGAGUUUGUUGUCACUGGCGCGAAGUUCGGAAGCGUUUCUAGUUGCGGAGGCUGCUCCUCCGUCGGGUUCUAUCCACAGGGUGAUGACCUCCUCGUGACCAUUUCACAAUCUAAAGGUAUCAGUAUUUUGACAUUCGAUGAUGGUCUUCGUGUCCUGGUCAUGGAUAGGUCGUACGCAUAUGAAUUCUGGGUUCCAGUUUUAACGGCUGAUCCAUUCAGUCCCGCGAACGAGACUGUCUUCGUCCAAGGCUCAAGUCUAGUCAGAAGCGCUGCCUACUCCUCAGAUGGUACGACUUUAGUUCUUACUGGAGACAACAAUGGAACUUCAACACAAAUUCAGGUCUUCCCACCUAAGUCUGUCAGCAAAGUCACUUGGAACGGCCAAGUCAUCGCUACGGAGAAGACAGAUUAUGAUAGCUUGAUGGGUAGUCUUACUGGCCCUGCACUUGACUCUUUGACUUUACCGACUAUCUCGGGCUGGAAAGCCAAUGACAGCUUACCGGAGCGUUUGCCAACUUAUGAUGAUAGCUGGUGGGUUGCUGCUGAUCACAUGAAUACUUCAAACCCAACCAAACCAGGAACGCUUCCUGUGCUCUACAUUGAUGACUACGGAUAUCACGUUGGCAAUCAUCUCUGGCGUGGAAGAUUCGAGGGUUCAGCAAGCGGAGUAUAUCUCAGUGUCACUGGAGGUCGUGCCUUUGGAUACAGUGCAUGGUUGAAUGGCGAGUUCAUCGGUUCAUAUCUAGGAGCUGCUUACCCUGAUACUGGAAAAUUGACAUUAUCGUUCAGUAACGUAACUGUCAACUCAAACUCCACGAACAUCCUUCUCGUCCUUCAAGACAACUCUGGUCACGACGAAACAAGUGAAGCACUCAAUCCCCGGGGAAUCAACAACGCAACUCUAAUUAGUGCUUCUGCCAAGAAUUUCACAUCCUGGAAAGUAACUGGUACAGCCGGUAAGCCAGAUACAGCGAUUGACCCUGUCCGCGGUAUUCUCUCAGAAGGCGGUCUCUACGCAGAACGUCUCGGAUGGCACCUGCCCGGUUUCGACGACAGUGAAUGGUCCUCCGCAUCCCCAAGCAAUGUAUCCUCUUCAGCCGGCGUAACAUUCUACCGCACGACCGUUCCCCUAGCCAUUCCUACCGGCCUCGACGUGGCAAUCUCCUUUACUCUCAAUGCCUCUCCCUCCAACGCAGCUCUCCGCGUUCUCCUCUUCGUAAACGGAUACCAGUAUGGACGAUUCAGUCCUUGGAUCGGGAAUCAAGUUGAAUUCCCAGUACCACCUGGAAUCUUGAAUUAUGAUGGGGAUAAUGUUAUUGGAUUGAGUGUCUGGAGACAGGAAGAGGGGGAUGAGAGUAUGGGUGUUAAUGUUGGGUGGAAGGUUACCGAGGCUUUUGCAAGUAGUUUUGAGCCGAUCUUCGAUGCGGCUUACUUGCAGCCUGGGUGGACCAACGAGAGAUUACAGUAUGCUUGAGGCGGAUUAAAUAACCGCUUAAUGGCCGUAACGUUGUUUAUGAUUUGAUGUAAGAUGAAGGAAAAGUCUAUUGUAUUAUUUGAAUUAAUGUUAAAUGCAAAAGUUCUUUGCAAACACAUUUUUAUUAGCUGCUGGCGCUGUUUUGACUGUAAUUUUUGGUUCUAUACUGCCUGCUUGUUUUAUGUAGUUCCACUAAGAUAUGAUUUCUACAAACUUAUAUGCUGGAAGUAGCUCUUUGAAAUAACCAUGAGUCAUUUGCUCUACCUUCAUUAUUUUUAUUUUCAACAUUAUUUCCCUUUU